GAGGUUGAGACGGAAUCGAGGUUGAGGCAAAAGAGUAGAGUGACAGAAACAUGGCGUUCUACAGCUGCAAGCAAGUUGAUAGAUGUUUAAGAAAAAUUUGUUACAAUUGCAUUGACAGAACAAUAAAGAUUCGAAAGUGUAGUAGCAAUACAGCAGUUCCACCUCUAAAUGUAGCUUUACCAGGUGUAGCAGCAACUCCUGUUGACGGAACACGCAAAGAAAAAGGCAAGAAUCGACGUGAAAAUAAUGUAGAAAUAACAACGCUGUCAAACGGUAUAAAGGUGGCAUCAGAAGAAUCUUUCGGGCCGUUUUGCACACUUGGAGUUCUAUUUGAUGCUGGAUCAAGGCAUGAAGUUGAUUACCCAAGUGGCGUUUCUCAUAUGCUUGAAAAAAUGGCUUUUCAGAGCUCAAGAAAAUAUCAAGACUGUGAGGCAGUUAAUGAAAGAAUGGAAGAACUGGGUGGGAAUGCAGAUUGCCAGUCAUUCAGGGAUUGUACAGUCUAUGCAGCAUCUGCAUUUACAAGUAGCUUAGGAGGAGCUUUGGAAGUAUUAUCUGAAGCUGCAUGGCAUCCACGGCUUACUGAUGAAGAAAUAGAAGAGCAGAAAAAGACUAUCGCCUUUGAAAUCGAAUCUUUGGAAUAUAGGCCAGAACCAGAGCCACAGAUGCAUGAUAUGAUACAUGCUGCUGCGUACUCUGGCAAUACACUGGGUCUUCCUAAGAUCUGUCCAAUUGAAAAUCUGACGGUUAUGGACGCAGAAAUCCUGCAACAUUUUAUGAAGAGGUACUACUCUCCCGAAAGAAUGACAAUCGCUGCUGUAAAUGCAGAUCACGGUGAACUAGUAAAAUGGGCAGAGAAAUAUUUCGUUGAACAGGCUCCAAGCUGGGCAAAAGGCCUAGAGAACAUCCCUCCUCCUGACCAAUCAAUCGCACAGUACACUGGAGGUAUUAUCCGGGACCAUAGGCCUGAACCUCGUGUGCAGCCAGGACCCAACCCGCUUCCAGAACUUUCCCACGUGUCAAUCGGAUUUGAAAGUGUCUCAUACAAUGAGCCUGACUUUUUUGCUUUUGCUGUUUUAAAUAUGUUGCUCGGUGGAGGUGGAUCCUUUUCUGCUGGGGGGCCUGGCAAAGGAAUGUACUCAAGACUGUACCUUAAUGUCCUCAAUCGACACCAUUGGAUGUAUUCUGCUACUGCUUACAACCACAGCUACGCAGACAGUGGAAUUUUUUGCAUCAAUGCCAGUUCAAAUCCUAAUCAGAUCAAAGAUUUGGUACAGGUUGUAAUUAAAGAAUACAUCACCUUGGCAACAAGUGUUCCGCAUUCGGAGGAAGUUGCUCGAGCUAAGAAACAAUUGCAGUCCAUGUUAAUGAUGAAUUUAGAGUCACGAGUUAUCGCGUUUGAAGAUAUUGGAAGGCAAGUUCUUGGUCUUGGUUAUCGCAAAUCCCCACAAGAGCUCUACGAUGCCAUUGAGGCUGUCACACCAGAGGAUAUCCGCACAGUGUCUCAAAAGAUGCUUGAUAAAAAACCUUGUGUAGCUGCAAUAGGAGAUAUAUCACAGCUGCCUAGCUACGAAGAUAUAGAACGAGCAGUCAUUAAAAGAGGUACCUUAAAAAGCAGUGGUAGGUACUUUUUUAAUCGUUUCUAGAAUUGUAUUGACAAUGUCCUUCACCAACGAAGAAUUUGUGUUCAGAUUACUGCGUCGUGUUUGUAGAUUUUUCGUACAAAUUAGGCAUAAUUAAAGCACACCUGCGAUUUUAGUGAA